AUGGCGUCGGGUUCGGAGCUGCCAGAAUAUUCCUCUCAAGUGAAACGUAGAAAAAUCGAGAGUAAAGUUUAUGGUGUCUCGGUACAUUUUAAUAUCGAUUUUCCCGAGGUCAAAGUCAAUCGUGAUACUCAAAAUAUCGAUAUUGAAGAACCACUUGGUGGUGACAGCGGUUUCACAGACAUGAGUGACGGUGCAAAAUCUAUGUCAAACACUCCGGAAUCGACGAAUUUGUCGUCGACACCAUCGAGGACAGACUCCACAAGCGAUGAUACUGGUUGUCCUUUGGACACUGCCGAUGAAAAGGACGAGGUCUCAUCGACGGUCUCCAAUCUCUCGGAUUUAUCUGGCUUGUCAGAGUUGUCUGAGGAGACAGGACAGUUGUGGAGGAGUGCAUCUGCCUGGGUACAGAAGCAAAUGCAGACUGGCACAGACCCACGGGAUUUACUUCAGCAUUUAUUAAUGGAUCCCACUCAGAUUCCAGAGCAAGUGGAUGAUAUAACGUUAUGGAAGCUUGUACUAAACAUAAUGUCAGAUCCACCGAGACGACAGAAGCUGAGUUACGUCAAUACCCUAAAUGACGUUGUUAGAUUGAUAAAAGAUAGUAAAAAGAUUAUUAUACUGACUGGGGCUGGUGUGAGCGUCAGCUGCGGAAUUCCAGACUUCAGAAGUAGAGAUGGAAUUUACUCUAGACUUGCACAAGACUUUCCCAAUUUACCAGAUCCUCAAGCAAUGUUCGAUAUUAAUUUCUUCGCCCAAGAUCCUCGCCCCUUCUUCAAGUUUGCCCGUGAAAUCUACCCAGGAUUGUUCAAGCCCUCUCCCUGUCAUCGCUUUAUAAAGAUGCUGGAGAAACACAAAAAGCUACUGCGCAACUACUCCCAGAACAUUGAUACCUUGGAGCAAGUAGCGGGCAUCGAGAAUGUGAUAGAGUGCCACGGCUCCUUUGCCACAGCCUCCUGCACCAAGUGCAAAUUCCAGGUGACCGCAGAGGACAUUCGCACUGACAUCUUCUCCCAGAGAAUUCCCCUUUGUCCCAAGUGCAGCACCAACUCUCUACCCUCCCUCGCCACAACCAAUACCUCUCAGAACUACACGGAUUUAGUUUCACUGGGAAUCAUGAAGCCAGAUAUUGUCUUCUUCGGUGAGGGUCUUCCCGACGCCUUCCACGAUUCCAUUGCCAAGGAUAAGGACGAGUGCGAUCUCUUAAUCGUCAUCGGCUCCUCCCUCAAGGUCAGGCCAGUCGCCCUUAUACCUUCAUCCAUUCCCUCACACAUACCUCAAAUUCUCAUCAAUCGAGAAUCCCUUCCUCAUUUAAAAUUCGACGUAGAACUCCUGGGGGAUGGUGACAUCAUCAUUAAUCAAUUGUGCCACCUGAUGGGGGAAGAGUUCUUACAAUUAUGCUGGAGUGAAAAGCUCCUGGAGGAGACGCCCCAUCUGCUGCCACCCAGGUUCGAGGACUCUUGGGAAAGGAGCACUACCUCUACUCAAGACAGUACCGAGGUCAUUCUCAAACAGCAUAAUCUCUUCAACGAGAGUCAAGAUAGCCUGAGCAUCAAUUCCAAUACCACUCCCAAGCAUCUGGGAAGCACUGAAAUUUGUAUAUCACCUUUUGAUGCUGGGCACAUGGAGGGAAAUGACGGAUUUUCUCUACUGGAGAGCCCCAAGAGGCCUCUGGACGAAUCCAGCGUGGAAAGCAGCCCCAAAAGGCUUAACUCCAGAUCAUGUGGGUCCACUCCAAGGUCCAGUGAUGAUGGCGAGAGAUUCAGAUUCACCCGGGUUGUCUCUUUCGAAUCGACGCCUGAGAAUAAUGGACAGGUUUUCAAUCUCGAAGAGUGCCACGUGCUCCCCAGAAUUCUCGAUCAGGACAGCGGCGUCAAGGGUGAGGAGAGGAGAGAUGAGAGAGAAGGUGAAGAUAAAUAUGGAAAAUCUAGGCAUGCAUCUAUUGACUCUGCCAUCGACUCGGGGAUCGGAGACAGUUGUAAUAGUGUGGACAGCAGUGAAGCAAAGGAGAUCGAGGAGAAGAGACAGGAGAUUGAGAGGCGGUGGCAAGGGGAGAUCAAAGAGAGCCUAGCGAAUAGGCUGCCAGAGGGAAGCUACUAUCAGGUGUCCUCGGGAAAGUAUAUUUUUCCGGGGGCAGAAAUUUAUCUGGAGGGAGACGACUUCGGAGAGCCGGAGACCAGAGCAAACGAGAUAUCCAGUUUAACAUAUACAGAAGACGAGUGCAGAACAACGUAAGGGUAACAAUCACUAAACAAUGUAACUUGAGGUUACAAAUUUGUGCAAUCCUGUCUGUGAAUACCCUCCAGGGAAGUAUUGAGCGGACUGUAUCCUCAGAUCGUCAAAGAUCAGAGAAUCGAGGUGUUUUGGAGGCAAUUAGAAAGAUUAGUUGACGCCUGUCAUCCUCACGAUGUUCGAUUUUUCGUUUGAAUUAAAAAUGGGCCAGCGUGUAAUCAUGGGAACUUUUAACGUGUAAUUUUGACUUUUCGGGCAUUCUCGAUGAUCGAAGGAUCAGCCCACGAAAUGAAAAAAUUAUCGUGAAAAGAAACUGAAUCAUCGAAUUUGUAUGCUAUCUGCAUAAUUAUUUUAAUUUCUGUAUUUCCCUCGAUCGAAUCAAGACAAGAACUGGCUUAUGCUGUCGCUCACAUUAUUUAUCCGCAAUUGUAAAUACUGUCUUUUGUAAACGGUUUUUAUUCGUUGAAUUAAACGUAUGAGGGAGAAGGGGGGGGGUGUAGUUUAAUUGUUAGACAUCUGCAGGUAGUUGCGUUGUAAAUAGUGGUGAAAAUAAUGUUCGUUGCAUUUUAGGGCGUGCGAUGGGCAUAUUGGGCAGAUUUUUCUGAUGCUUCAUUGCCUCAGAAUUGUUUAAACAAGUGCCCCUGCCGCAGAAUUGGUAAAAAAAAAAACAAUGUAAAACAUUAAAAAUUAUACUUUCAUCUUUUUUCAAUCAUUAUCUUGGAGUACUGAUUAUUGAUCAAAAGAGGUGGAUUCUCCAUCAUUUCUUCAUUACUAUCAUCGGUUUUUCAGCGCCAGAGUCCAUUCAAUCUCUAAAAAUUUAAGUGAAGCAUAAAUUAUUGGAUUUACGAGGAAUAAUUACUAUUUCCAUGAUUAAUUGGAAUGAAUUAAUCAAUGCGUAACUCACUUUUCUACGAUCUCAAUAUAUUAAAUUAAAAUUCAUGUAAAACGUCGAGAUGGAACAGAAAAUUUAGGGGAAAAUUGAAUACUUAAGCGUUUUUUUUUUGUUAGUAAAAUUCGUCUUAUCGAGAGUGAACAACCAAUUGCUACUACAUAUGUUGCUCUCAUAUUUGGAACCGCAAUUUUAAUCAAUGUCAAUUGAUCGAUCUCUCAUUUGAAGGAAUACAAUAAAACUUAUAUUUUCUGGUUAUGAUUAUUUAGUUAAAAUUUUGGUUCUCUGGUUUCAUUGGAGCACAGGCGAAUGUACAAAGCAAUGCCAGAGGAUAAUAGCAUUGCGUGUUAUUUUUGUAUCGAAAAGGAAACAUGUGUAGUGACUUAAGGUAGUGCAAAUCAUUGAACAAAUGAUGAAAAAAAUUAUGUAAAAAAAAAAAAUUGGAAUUCAGAGGACAGAGAAAAUGAGUUCAAAUUGAAUAUUUACUUUAUUUCGCAAGUAUUUUUGAAUCUAUGACAUUUAGAGAAAGGUUUGUCAGCGAUUUUACUUUUUUUGAGCUCUAUUAAAAUGCUGUAAUAAUAUCUAAAUCCUAAAAUUUCUUAGAUAUUCUACAGUUUACUGCAGAAAAAUCUCAAAACAAUUCUUGAACUCAUUCUCCAUUAUUCACCACCUCUUUUUUCUUACGAGAUUGUAUGCGUUAAUUAUCCCUAAACAGUCGUAGUAGUUCGAUCUAUACAUAUAAAGUACCAGCAUAUGUAUUUUACCCAGAAUAAUACAAGAGAGUGAAUGAAGGAAUGAAGAGAUAUUCCCUUCGCCUAGCAGUAAUAAUUAUUAAAAAAAAGUGGAAAACCACUAGUGGAUUUAUUUGUAGUAGAGAAUUGAAUUAAAAUUGCGAUGUCUUUAUUUAAA